AUGUUAAAAGCCAAAAAUCCUCUUUAUUAUCAUUCAUUGCUCAUUCUUCUUCUCCCAUUUCAUUAUCUUGCACCAACACAAACAAAUGCUGAGAGAUUUCUCAAAGUACACAGUGCAUGGGAAGUUCUAAGCAAUUCAACCUCUCGUUUAAUUUACGACAAGAAGCUGCAAAAUUCAAAGCGAGAGGAUUUAUUGGCUUCAGAAGUUGCCCAAAAUUUAAGCUUACAUGAUAUGACAGUUGAAGAUGCUGGCGAAAUAUUGGGACUGUUUUAUCAACGUGAUUACUUCUCUGUGGACUCGUUGGAAUUGCAGAAAAUGGGAUAUAUGUUGUUGAGAGAUGAAAGCAGCGUGUCUAUACGCAAUGCUGAUACUUUACCAGGAUCGGUGAUUCUUCUUCCUUGUGGAUCGUGUUCGUUGAAAGCUCGGCUCGUACUCAGUAUGGAUGAUAGUUGA